UUGUUGAUGAAAUGUUCUAAUUGAUCAGUUUGUGUUUUAGUCUGUUGCUAUAUCUCUGAAGUUAUGUUUGCUUAUGAGAAUUAUUAAUCUUAAUUUUAUCAAAAUGAAAUUUGGUUCCUGAUAAUAUUCAGAGCAGUCCUUGUCAAUUUUGUGUUUGUUAUUUAUUCCUAAAUUGUUAAUAUAAUCCAACAGUUCAAAGAAGGCGUUUUUCUUGUCAAUUUGAACAUCCUUUUCCAACCAGCAAGUUAUACUGUGGUAUAAUGGGAGCAUCCAUUCUACUAAUGGAACUAAAAUGGUUCAUGGCACCAUAAAAUGUUGUUCACAAUAGUAGCCAUCUGCCAAUUUUUUAACUAUUCCUAUUUAGUUAGGGAUGUGAAUCUAGCAUCACAGCAAAGCAGUCAUGCAAGUUUUUGGCUUUUCUCAAAAAAAAAUGAUUUUAUGAGAUGUCCCAGGACUCAGGGUUCCUCAACUGCAUGUAUGUUUCAAGUCAUGAAUGAAUUAAGGGAUGUUGAACUUCACAACUUUGUCUGGUCUCUUUUUUUUUAAUUUGUCAUGCCUAGUUGUCUUUGAUCUUUUGGCAAUAUUCAUGCUAUUGCAUCGCUGUCUAUAUGUUCCCUGCUUUGCUAUAAUUAUUUGUCCCUGUAUGAAAUUUCAUGUCUGUGCUAUACUUUCAUUGCAGGUAGCAUUGGAUGGCGGGUUGGAUAUCCCUCACAGUGAUAAGAGAUUUUCUGGUUUCUUGAAGGAAUCUAAGCACCUGGAUGCUGAGGUUCACCGCAAGUAUAUUUAUGGUGGGCAUGUCGUUGCAUAUAUGAAGAUUUUGAUGGAAGAUGAACCAGAGAAGUAUCAGUCUCAUUUUGUUGAGUAUAUCAAGAGAGGAAUUGAGCCUGAUGGCAUUGAGGAGCUGUACAAGAAAGUUCAUGCUGCCAUCCACGCAGAUUCCAUUCAAAAGAAGUCUGAGAAGGAGCCACCUAAGCAGCACAAGAGAGAACAGGAAACAUAUUAUUGUUUUUCCCAAGAGAAUUUAAAGUGGUAAUGAGCUUUUGUUUAAAUGUUCGUUGGUGUGAUUGCACUUGUUUUGGAAACCAUUGAAUACACUGCUUGUGUUACAUUUUGGAGCC